UAUUCUCUGUUCUAGUUGCACUUUCAUUCAGUUUAUCAAAGUGCUUUAACAAUGUCGACGAAGCUCAGCAGCCGCUGGAAAUGGCUCAGCUUAAUAUACAAUUUUAUUGCAUUGUAUUUCAAUAAUUGUUGCAUUCAUGGAUUUCGCUAUCUGGUGAAGGGAAUGCUGAUGUUGUUGGAAAGAUUUUUGUGGCUUAUACUUUUGAGUAUCUCAAUAUAUUUCUGCGUGGUCUCCUGUUUGUCCUCGGUUAAUCGAUUCCAAACCAAGAGCACACACAUUGGCAUCGAACGCAACUCUUAUAAAUGGAAUGUCUCCUUGCCCAGCAUAACAAUCUGUCCAAUGCAACGACUUAAUGACUCUCGCUUUGCCGCCUAUUGCUUAGAACACAAUGUGUUUGGCAAAGAUCGCACCGAGUUGCGGGACUUUCUUGAACAAUUGGCCAACUCGACGUAUACGAACUUUGAGAAUAUUCCCGAAUACGAGAGCAUCGAUCAUACUUUGAAGAAUCUGAAUAUUGAGCCGGAAAACUAUAUGGAAUUGAUCUACAAUCUGUCCUGGGAUGCCACACACAGCGAGGAGUCGGGACGAGUUCGUUGUACCGACGGCAGCUACGAGAUUCGAGUGACGCAGGUGUUGACUGAGUUCGGUUUGUGCUACGUUUGCAACACGUUUCUGGGACUGGAAUAUAGCGCAAGCUAUAUGUUAUUCGGCGAGUAUCCGCAACUGAAUGGCGUGCUAAACGAGAGCACAAUGUUGCCCAUUAAACACGGAGCUUUCUUCGAAAAGGACACGGGCUUUACACUCAUCGGAUUCACGAAUAAAGCGAUUGAUACCUAUCUACACUCUCCGCAUGAUGUCAUGCGAUUGGACAGCAAUUUUGGCUACACAGAAGAAGGCUCUGCUUAUGAGCUGGAGAUUGAACAUAUCACAACUGAGCCCAAUUUGGAAAAAACCACUUCAGUGUCGCAGCGCAAAUGUCGCUUCUUUCACGAAUCGAAUCUGGAACAUUAUCCUUUCUAUACAAAAAACUCCUGUUCCCAAGAGUGUCGUCUUAACCUAGCUUACAAGGUUUGCAAGUGCAUUCCUCACUUCUAUCCCAAUAGCAGAGUUAAAAAUCCUAAACCCGUUUGCUCUUACAAGAUAUUAAAAUCUUGCUUCCCCAAGCAUGCUGGACUGUUCCUGAAAUUCUACGAAGCAAACGGACAUCAUGGCAAAAUAGACGAAUGCAUUUGUGAACAGAAUUGUCGCGACUCUGUGAUUAGACUCACCAAAGCUAGCGUCAUGCGUGGCUCUCAGAUGCUGCUUCGAAGCCUGGGAAGUUCGGCGCUUGUGAAAUUCUGGCCUAAAAAUCAGUUUAAGCGACAAGUUAUAUUUUCUUUUACCGAUUUCUUGGUUUCCUUGGGUGGCACAGCUGGUUUAUAUCUUGGCUUCAGUGUUCUAGGACUUAUUGAGCUCUUCUAUUUCUUCUCAAUGCGUUUGUUUUGGCAUAUUUUUGGUUAUCAAAUCUAAUGCAUUUUUUUAA